CAUGAAACUUAUGUUACUUGCCAUUAUCCUCGGUGUGGCAGCCACCGCCCCCCAGCAGCAGCCGCCCGUCGCCAUCCUCCUGGACGAGCGCGUCCCUCCCGAGAACGGCGCUUACUCCUUCCAGUUCCAGGCGGAGAACGGCAUCGUGCAGAGUGAGUUCGGAACGCCGGGUUCCCAGGGCCAGACGAACGUUCAGGGAGUCUUCAGUUUCCUCAUGGAUGAUGGACGCGUGGCUGAAGUUAAAUACCUAGCAGACGAAAAUGGAUUCCAGGUUCAGUCCCCUCUUCUGCCCGUGGCUCCGGAGUUCCCUCACCCCAUCCCGCAAUUUGUGCUUGACCAAAUUGCUUUUGCUGAAGAACAAAGUCGUUUGGAGGCUCAACUGCAGUCUUAAAUGUCUCUCGUUUAAUGGUAUUUGUGAAACUCCGAGAAGAGUUUACAUUUGGGCUUGUGCAGUAAUUUAUAUUAAAGAUCCUAAAAGAAAAAGUUGUCAUUUUUCUUUGCUCACCUGUGGAUAGUAAUUCUGACAUUGUUGAAUGUAAAAAGCUGCAUUGGCAAUGGGUAGUGUGCUAUCAAUCCGGGAGGCCCAUACUUAGUAUUAUUGCUGCACUUUAAAAUAAUUUAUGGGUGAGAUCGAUUGUUAAAAAAUCAUUUUGUAAUUAAUAUUUUUGGACCUCUCAGUAUUGGAGAAAAACCUGCAAAUUAUGAACAGUUUUUUUUUUUGUAUUAAGCUUUAUACAAUAUUCCAAACAUAUGUUUUAUUUUUCAUAAAAUGCAAACGAUUAAAAUCCUCACUUUGAAA